AUGUUGGCAACAGGAGAGGAGCAGCAGGGAGGACCUUCCUUUGCAUGUGGAGGAGUUGUAUCUGGAGAGUCGGGGUUUAUUGGAAGUGAAGGAUUUCCUGGAGUCUACCCUCCGAACAGCAAAUGCACCUGGAAAAUCACAGUCCCAGAAGGCAAGGUGGUGGUUCUGUCUUUUAGGUACCUGGACCUGGAAAGUGACAACUUGUGCCGAUACGAUUUUGUGGACGUGUACAACGGGCACGCCAACGGGCAGCGCAUCGGCAGGUUCUGCGGCACCGUGAAGCCGGGCGCCCUUGUAUCCAACAGCAACAAAAUGCUGGUGCAGAUGACUUCAGAUGCUAAUACUGCUGGAAGUGGAUUCAUUGCCAAGUUUUCUGCAGCAGAACCCCAUGAAAGAGGUGAUCAGUACUGUGGGGGACGACUAGAGAAACCUUCUGGGUCCUUUCAAACGCCCAACUGGCCGGAUCGAGAUUAUCCAGCAGGAGUCACAUGCUCCUGGCACAUUAUAGCCCCAAAGAAUCAGCUAAUAGAGUUAAAGUUUGAGAAGUUUGAUGUGGAAAGAGACAACUACUGCAGAUAUGACUAUGUCGCAGUGUUUAAUGGUGGAGAAAUCAAUGAUGCUAAAAGAAUUGGUAAAUACUGUGGAGACAGUCCACCCGCGCCUAUUCUAUCUGAGAAAAAUGAGUUGCUCAUUCAGUUUUUGUCAGAUUUAAGUUUAACUGCUGAUGGUUUUAUAGGCCAUUAUAAAUUCAGACCAAAAAAGUUACCCACAACCACAGUUCCACCUACUACAACAACACCUCCUGCUACAUCAACUUUGAAACCUACAGUUGCCCUGUGCCAGCAAAAGUGUAGGAGGAGUGGGACUCUGGAAAGCAAUUACUGUUCAAGCAACUUUGUAAUAACUGGAACUGUAAUUACAACAAUGACCAGGGCUGGCAGUCUACAUGCAACAAUAUCGAUCAUUAACGUAUAUAAGGAAGGAAAUUUAGCAAUUCAGCAAGCAGGAAAGAGUAUGAGUGCCAAGAUUACUGUUGUAUGUAAGCAGUGUCCUCUGAUCAGAAGAGGUUUAAACUACAUCAUCAUGGGCCAGGUAGAAGAAGACGGCAGAGGGAAAGUCUUGCCCAACAGCUUUGUCAUGAGUUUCAAGACUAAGAACCAAAAGAUCUUGAAUGCCUUGAAAAACAAAACAUGUUAAAACUAAGCUCUGCAGCUGCCUUCUAUCACCUCUCUUGAAAAAGAAUUUUCACUUAUUUGUCAUGAAAGUCAUGAAAAUACAUCUGACUGUAAACACUAAGACC